UUACCAUUUGCUCUGCUUGGCACCUAAGUGGGGUGGUUUUUGUCCCCAUUAGGACUGGCAUUGUGUACAUUUGGCUGAUUGGCUUUAGUUGGUGGUGGGAACUGCAAGGCAGCUGUGCUUUUUCCCUACUUGGUUCUUGUGGCUAAAAACCUCAAAGCUGAGGUUGUUGAUUGAUUUCAUUUUCACUUUGUGGCUCUGCAAUAAAAGAGAAAAUGCAGAAGAAGUAGUAGUAAAAUGAAAAGGGAACUGGAAAGCAGAGGAAACUCAUAGUAGGAAAUGGAGGAAAGUCUAACAAAUAGGAAAUGGCAAAGCAAAAGACAACUUCAAUCCCUGGACAUUUAAAUGCAAAGACUGAAGGUCUAAAGAUGCACCACACGCCAGAACAUCAUGAGCAGGACCCAAGGCAGCAUGUUCUACACUCACACAAAAAGUAAAUUAUCUUCAUAGUUGCCAUGAUCACAAAAGGCUGCCUACAUCUUUGCCUGCUGAUGCUCUUCUUCACUGACAUCUCUUCUCAGAAUUGUAAUGAACUUCGCAGAUGGCUACAGAAUGUGAACAAAAGCAACUUGGAACUCCUGGAGAGCAAAAUGAGAGCAAGCAUUCCCCUGCAAUGCAUAGAUGAUGGAAGAGAUGCCACAACCACCCAGGAAAUCUUCAGGAAGAUCCAAAGAUCUCAGGGGGAGAAUGGCAAGGUAGGCAUCCAUGAAAUCCUACAGCAGACUUUCCGCAUCUUCAGCCAAAAGCAUUUGGAAACUGCAUGGAAUGAAAAUUCAGUGGCAGUUUUCAAGAAUGGACUGGAUCAGCAAAUCAAGUAUCUGGGAUCCUGCUUGAGUGCCAAUACGGAGAAUGGCAUUGCAUCUCCAAGUGGUCAGAGCACCCAGCUGGUCAGGCUGCGAGUGAAAAAAUAUUUUCAAAGAAUCAAUGGCUUCCUGAGAGGGCAACAGAAAAGCUUGUGUGCCUGGGAGAUUGUCCAGAUGGAGGUGAAGCAAUGCUUUCUCUUGGUUGACCAGCUUAUCAAAAGCCUCCAUAAUGAAGCUUAAUCUGCAGCCAUACAUUAUGUAACAAAAACAGCGGAAUGAAGCUGAAACUUGAGCAGAGCUCCAGAAUGGUUUACUUUUCCUUGAUUCCUCCAAGGAUAUGUUUCUAGAAAGCAGAACAAAAAUAUGCAAUCUUAUAAUUAAGCCUUACAUAGACAAGAAAGGACCAUCCCUCCCUGCAAAAUAAAGGACAGGCCGUAGAGAAAGCCAAGGAAGCAUGCAGAUCUAUCAUUUUAUGCCAGUAUUAACGUCCUCUUAAACUUCUGUGAAGAUAUGGUUUAUAUUGUGAGAACUGUUAUGAGUGUUAAUAUUGCUUAUAUAAAUUGUUAUUUAUAUUAUUGUUAUUUAUAUUAUUGUUAUCAGUGUUAAAUAUUUAAAUAACAUUUAAUAGAAUGUUAUUUCUAUUAAAAAUGGGAACUCCCAAGUCACAA